AAAGUUUCCCUCCCAGCAGCCAAUCAGAGCGCAGCUCUCUGACUGCAGGCGAACAGAGUUUGGGUGUUUUCUCCACUGCAGGAGACUCUGCUUACUCCUCCGUCGACAUGGUGACCACCGAGUCCCACCAGAACCAGGACCUGAUGGUCCCCGCCGACGCCCCAGACCUGAACCUCAACCUGGACUCGCAGGGCGAGGAGCAGGCCUCUGGUUCUGCUGCCUUUGACCCGGAGAAGCUGGGUCAGGGUCCAGUCAACGCCAUCACGGUUCUGACUCUCCUCGACAAGCUGGUCAACAUGCUGGACGCUGUGCAGGACAACCAGAACAAGAUGGAGAUGCACCAGGUCCAGAUGGAGAGCGUGGUCAGAGGGAUCCAGGCAGACAUGACCCGGCUGUCCAAGAGUCACAGCCACACGUCCAACACCGUCAGCAAGCUGCUGGACAAGAGCCGCAAGCUGUCCGUGACCAUGAAGGAGGUCCGGGAGAGGAUGGAGCGUCAGGGUGCCCAGGUGAGGAAGCUGGAGGCGAAUCACGCCCACCUGAUCAGCAGGAACAACUUCAAGGUGCUCAUUUUCCAGGAGGAAAACGAGAUCCCGACCAAUGUUUUCGUGAAGGAGCCUCCUCCGUUUCCUCGCGAUGAGAUCCUGGAGGAAGGCGAGCCAUCUGCUCCGGGUGUCAGCGAUGACAGGCAGGACGGGGCCUUCCAGACCAUCGACCUGUCGUCUGACGAAGAUGUUGGCCUGGAGGCCGACAUGGAUGAAGAGGAGCCGUGGCCUCAGGAUCUGGACAGCAUGGAGAAGUCCACAGCGGAUAAACUGAAACGGUCCAGCCUGAAGAAGGUGGACAGCCUGAAGAAAGCCUUCUCCAGACACAACAUCGAGAAGAAGAUGAACAAGAUCGGGACAAAGAUCGUUUCAGCAGAACAACGGGAGAAAAUCAAGCAGAGAACUGCCAGCCUGAAGGUCUCCCCUCUGACCUUUGGCAUCAAGAAGCCUCGCAGAAGCUCAGACUCCCAGCCUCCGGAGGCCUCAGGCCAGAACAGGGAGUCCCUCACCGCCGAGGUCGACAUCCAGCUGCCCUCACCAGGCUCCGCUGAGCUGGAGCUCCCCUUCACCGAGGUCCACGCCCAGCUGGCCCCUAAUGACCAGCAGGAGGUGCUCCAGGACCAGGUGGAAGCAGUAGUGGAGGUCAGGGAGGAAGUAGAGAAGGAGCUGGAGAUUGUGGAGGAAGUCAGGGAGGAGGUGAGGGAGGGUUCACUGGUGGUGGAGGCUGACGUGUCGGUGGUCUCUGAGGGACUCAGUGAGGCGUACGCUCUGUCCUCCACCCUCCCUCAGGAGGAUGGAGCAGAGGAGAAGGAGAAGGAGGAGGAGGAGGAGGAGUCCUAAGCAGAACAUGAGUGUUAGAUCAGAUCAGUCAGAGUGUCCAGACCUUUCUAAAGGAACUCCUCUCAGUUUGAACCAAGAACAACCAAAAGGUCUUCUGCUUUAUUCCUCAAACUUUCCAUUAAAAGUCAACAAUCACAUUCUCCCAAAAGUUUUCCAACCUUCUCCUCUGAUAAACCUCUCAGAGAUCAAACCACCAUCACAGAGCAGAACAUGUUGCUCCUUUAGGUCUGAAGGUCAGAUUUAUUUGAUCAUAGAUGAUCGGACCCUGAUGAACCCUGAUGUUCUGACAGGUUUGAAGUCUACAUGAUGAAAAUCAUCUUGAAUUCUUCUCAUUUGAAACCUGAUGGCUACAUGUUGGGAUCCAUGGUUCCUAUCAGUGUCUGGACUUCAGCCGUUCUUCUCCAUUUUACCAUUUUAUUUAAUUUCCAUCA